GAUAGUUUGAGCUGGAUUCUCAAUUUAACUAUUUAGUGCACUAUAUCACAAGAAAACGUUGCCUGUCUUCCUACUACUGGUUUUUUUGUACCAGAAUUGUACCCAACUUUAGACUUUACUAAUUUGUGGCUCUGAACUCUUGUAACUGCCAUCAUCGACUAAGAAUACGGAAGAGUCAUUCUCUGGCUGUUCGUCCUUGGAAACAAUCUCCCUUGAUCAAAAAGAAGCAGCAGAAUGGCAGAAUCGACCAACGUUCCUCGUAGCUUCAAACUUCUGGAUGAACACGAAGAGUCGAUCAAAUAUGGAGAUCCGAUGAUCUCAUGGGGACUGGCGGACUCAGAGGACAUGGACAUGCGGGAAUGGGUCGGCAGCAUCUUCGGACCACCAAAGACGACGUUUGACUCGCGUAUCUACAGUCUGAACAUCAGGUGCUCGCAGAAUUACCCGGACGAGCCGCCCUCUAUCUCAUUCAAUACCAGAAUCAACCUAUCUUGCGUAGACUCAAAAGGAAAGGUGCUGAAUGAGAAGGUGGAUUGUUUGCGCAACUGGAGGAGGGAGUACACGAUUAAGAAGGCCUUAGAGUCCAUACGCAGCCAAAUGUCCCACAAAGAGAACGCUAAACUGCAGCAGCCGGCAGAGGGCACACCCCCAUACUCACAAUGAGUACAGCAUAUAACCAACACCAGUCCCCCCCACACAUUUAGCCCCACUCAAACCCUCGCUAUCAACAGCUACCACUCCCUUCCUUAUGACGACCAUUCAUUAAUGGAGCCUAAUACAUGGUAACUGGUCCGAUAUCGUCGAAGAAAUGAAAAAUCAAAACGUCUCAAAAAUGUUUUUGAAGCAAAACUGAAAUGAAGAGAAAAUGCCCAUUCAACGAAGUCAUGAUGGUAUGGGGAAAAUUAUUGGUGCGAUCUAUUAGGUUUCUCGGAGUGAUUUGUUUGUUUUCCGUUGUGAUCAUUUUGAAACUAUUUUGAGCUUUCUUCCACUGAUAUUUUCCAAUUAUAAGAUGAGAACGAAGACUGGAGUAUGAAAAUAGGUAACGUUUAAUUCAUUCAUUUUGAAAUGCCAGCAGUUUUUAUUUUGACAAUUUGAUAACUACUUCUUUAUUUUUUCGUGGACCAGGAGAUUUUCGGUGAAAUGAAAGUACCCAGUUUUAGCUUGUUAGCUUCCGAGAAGUAGUUGUCUGAAAAUAAAAAGCUAGUAGAUAAAACAGAAUUGAAUAACUAAUAAUUAUUCACUAUCUGGCGCUGGAUUACAUAAGUAGUCUCUCUAGCUAGAACUUCUCUUGUUACGCAAAUCGACUUCACUGACCAUGCCAAAGGACCUUGUAGGGAUAAUUAAACAUCGUAUUUGGAACAACAGAUAGUUUUUAUCUUCUUAAAUUUCAGUGAAAUCUAAAGAGGUCUGCUAUUGUAGUCUAAUGCCUAUU